AUGGGUCUUAUCGGUAAGGUGAUAGGGCAAACGGAGAUCAAGUCCGAUGGAUAUUUGUUCUAUGAGAGUUGGAGAUACAGACCAAACCAGAUAUCAUAUAUGAGCCCUGGUAAUUUGCAAGGUGUUGAGAUAUACGAAGGUGAAUGGGGAACCGUGGGAUCUAGAAUGAUCUGGUCCUAUACCUUUGGUGGGGAAAAGAAGGUUACGAGAGAUAUUGUUGAAGCAGUUGAUGACGAGAAGAAGUCAAUCACUUGGAAGCUGGUUGAAGGAAGCCUCUUGGAUCUUUACAAGACCAUGAUUAUAACUGUUGAUGUUGAUACAAAAGGUAAAAGCAGUGUGGUGACAUGGACUUUUGAGUACGAGAAGCUUAAUGAGGAUGUCGAAGAUGCAAAUGCAUUGGUGGACUUUCAUCUUGUUAUGACCAAAGAUAUUGAAGCUUACCAUCUCCGCCAAAAAUGA